AUGGAAGAAUCAAUAGCGACCAGAGAAGACUUAUUGAUCAGUAGGGAAUCAAGGACAGAACGAGAGAAACACUCGUCAAUUAUAUCAUUCUUAAGAUCAUGUUGUGUGAUUCCUCAACGUUACGUAUUCGCGAUUGUGGGAUUGAUCGGUUUAUGCAAUGCAUUCACUAUGCGUGUAACUUUGAACAUGGCUAUUACACAAAUGGUCAAACAAAGACAUUUUGGUAAAGAACAUUUCGACCCUGAUGCAUGCCCAAGCGAUACAAUAAUUUUUAACAAAACUGCUGUUCUAAACCCACACGCUAUGUUUGAGUGGGACGAAAAAACACAGGGUCUUCUUUUAAGUGGUUUCUAUUAUGGUUAUUCUUCAACACAGAUAUUAGGAGGAUACUUAGCACAAAAGUUCGGGGGUAAAUGGGUAUUAGGACUUGGUCUUCUCAGCACGGCAUUAUUUACUUUUUUGACUCCGAUUAUAACACGAAUGGGUGGAUCAACUUGGCUCUUUAUUCUUCGUAUUAUAGUAGGAAUGGGAGAGGGUCCAACAAUGCCUGCGUUGUCUUAUAUGAUGGCUCGGUGGAUACCGUCCCAUGAACGAGCAUUUCUAUCUGCUGUCAUUUUUGGAGGGGGGCAAAUCGGUAAUAUAUUCGGUUCUAUCGUAUCGGGAAUGUUAUUAGCUAAUGGCAGAGAUUGGGCUUAUGUGUUCUACUUCUUCGGCGGUUUUGGUCUAUUUUGGUUUACACUCUGGAGCGUGCUGUGUUAUAGUGAACCAAAGAAACAUCCGUUUAUUUCUGUCAAAGAAUUAGAUUAUUUGAACAGAACUGUGAAGAUAACAAAUCAUAUCAAUAUAAGAGAUCCAAUACCAUGGACAGCUAUUAUAAGAUCACCACCUGCAUGUGCUUUGCUUGUGGCUAAUGUGGGACACGAUUGGGGUCUAUUCACAAUUGUAACAGAUCUCCCAAAAUAUACGCACGAUGUUUUAAAAUUCAAUAUUGCGACCACCGGCCUUCUAACCGGCUUGCCUUUUAUAGCGAUGACGACUUGUGCUUUCGGUUUUGGGUUUAUUUGUGACUUUGGUAUCAAGAAACAAUGGCAUAGCGUGAAAACUGCAAGAAAAAUAUAUACAACUAUAGCUGCGACUGGUCCAGCAAUAUGUAUUCUUCUAGCUUCAUAUUCUGGUUGCAAUCGCAAUGCAGCUAUGGUCUAUUUUGUUAUUUCCAUGGGACUUAUGGGUGCUUAUUACAGCGGUAUGAAGGUAAAUACUUUGGAUUUGGCACCUAAUUAUGCAGCGAGUUUGACGUCCUUUAUAUACACAGCAUCCACAUUUGCCGGUAUAAUAACACCGUAUUUGAUCGGACUCUUGACUCCAGACUCAACUUUGGUACAAUGGCGAACAGCAUUCUGGGUUUGCUUUGGAAUGCUUGUAGGGACAAACAUAGUGUACUGUAUCUGGAUGGAUGGAGAACAGAUAUGGUGGGAUGACGUCAGACAGUUUGGGUAUCCACCAGGAUGGAAACACGGUUCUCUUACUAACAAAGAGGAAAAAACAUCACAAGACGUCGAAUUGAUUGAAAAACCAUUGAAAGCCUUACCUUAAACUUUCAUUAUGU